AUGGCGGACGCCGGGGACCGGCACAACGCGGACGACGUCCCGGACGAUGACGAGCUGCUCGAGCCGUGGCAGCGCGUCAUGCGCGAGAACGCGAGGAAGGCGAAGGUCGAGCGCUUCGUCGAGCUGUUGCGGGGGAUCUUAGGACCGGACGAGCUCACGAACCUCGCCGCGCUCGUGAGGGACAUGGACGCGAAGCACAGGCAGAAGGUGGCGAUGAAACGCUGGAGCGAGGAGGAGCGCGCGAGAGAGCUCGAAGACGCCGCAGCGCCCGGGGUGGUCGCGCCGCCGCGGCCGCCGCCGUCGUUCGGGAUCCCGGGGAUGCACGCUCCGGGGGUGGCGCCGCCGGUGCCGCCGCCGCGACCGCCGCCGUCGUGA